AAAGCCCAAGUGAAUGGUCUGUGAUAAUUGGGCUUAUUUAUGCACAUAUAUAGUUCUAUAUGUACAGAGAAAGAGUUAGCUUGGGGAGGAAGAACAUCAAAUCGAAAAGCUUCAAACUUUGAGACAAGCAACAUCAAGAGUUCAUUCUACAGGGCAUAUUUUACUUUCUUUUAGUACACUAUGGGUGAUUCGCAGUACUCGUUUUCGCUAACUACUUUCAGCCCUUCUGGAAAGCUUGUUCAGAUAGAACACGCUUUAACGGCUGUAGGAUCCGGUCAAACAUCUCUAGGAAUAAAAGCUGCUAAUGGUGUUGUUAUUGCAACAGAAAAGAAACUGCCAUCUAUUUUGGUUGAUGAAACAUCAGUGCAAAAAAUCCAGAUUUUGACCCCAAACAUUGGAGUUGUUUACAGUGGAAUGGGUCCUGAUUCUCGAGUUUUAGUUCGAAAAAGCAGGAAGCAAGCAGAGCAGUAUAACCGUUUGUACAAAGAAGCUAUCCCUGUUACACAACUUGUUAGGGAAACAGCAGCUGUCAUGCAAGAGUUCACUCAGUCAGGUGGUGUAAGGCCAUUCGGUGUUUCGCUUCUGGUUGCUGGGUAUGAUGACAAGGGUCCACAACUUUAUCAGGUGGAUCCAUCAGGUUCAUACUUCUCCUGGAAAGCUUCAGCCAUGGGCAAAAAUGUCUCGAAUGCGAAAACAUUUCUUGAGAAGAGAUACACAGAUGAUAUGGAACUCGAUGAUGCUGUGCACACUGCCAUCUUGACCUUGAAAGAGGGAUUUGAAGGGCAAAUUUCUGGCAAAAAUAUAGAGAUUGGAAUCAUUGGUGCUGACAAGCAAUUCAGGGUCCUAACACCAGCUGAAAUCGAGGAUUAUCUACAAGAAGUUGAAUAAAUCUAUCUUCUAUAAUGCGUGGAGGAAAAUAGUCUUCUUAGCGAAACCGGGGAUUAACAUUAGUUUCUUCUUACUAGGAAGACACAUUUUAUUUGGUAAAUGACUGUUGUUGAGUGACGCUGAUGUUAUUGUUAUUGUUAUGCAACUUGAUGUAUCUUCUAGAAAAUUCUGAACGGAUGCGUGAUUUUAUUUUCUUUCCAAGUGAUGAAAUGCUUGAUUUUCCGCUGA